UUUGUCAUCAAAAACUACCAGACCUUUUAGCAAAACACAGCAAAGAAUUAAGUAACCUUUGUCCACUUGAAAGUGUCAGGAACACCCCCUCCCUCCGUGAGCGCACGCUGCACCUUGUUCGCGGUUGUCUUGUUUUGCCCAUGCCCCUCUCCGACUCGCGGGAGGCAUAGCUGUGUUUUCCAGCGUUGCAUGAGGUUCACAACUUGUAAACCCAUCGGGCUGGAUGUCUCUUUUUCUUUUUUCUUUUGUGACCAAAGGAGUUCGCAGAUUUUUUCCUCUCCAAAGACAUUUUCAUCAACAAGUCUGGACUCGUGUUCACCAUUUGAACAUCAGCCUUGUUUUAGUUAAUUCUACAGAAGAAUGUCAUCUCUGCCGGGAACUGUACCCCGAAUGAUGCGACCAGCGCCUGGACAGAACUACCCCCGUACUGGAUUUCCUUUGGAAGUGUCAACCCCUCUGGGUCAAGGUCGGGUGAAUCAACUCGGCGGUGUUUUCAUCAAUGGAAGGCCAUUGCCAAAUCAUAUCCGACACAAGAUAGUGGAGAUGGCCCACCACGGCAUUCGACCCUGCGUGAUAUCCCGACAGCUUCGAGUUUCCCACGGUUGUGUAUCCAAAAUUCUCUGCCGGUAUCAGGAAACCGGUUCUAUCCGUCCUGGUGCAAUAGGAGGGAGUAAACCCAGGCAGGUAGCAACGCCUGACGUGGAGAAAAGAAUCGAGGAGUACAAGCGCGAAAACCCAGGAAUGUUCAGCUGGGAAAUCCGAGAUAAAUUGCUGAAGGACGGGGUGUGUGACCGAAGCACUGUACCUUCAGGUGAGGCCUCAUCUGUGAGCUCCAUUAGUCGGGUUCUGAGGGCUCGGUUUGGAAAGAAGGAUGAUGAAGAUGACUGCGAUAAAAAAGAUGAUGGAGGAGAGAAGAAAACUAAACAUAGCAUCGACGGCAUACUCGGUGAUAAAGGUGGACGCAUCGACGAGGGCUCGGACGUGGACUCGGAGCCCGACCUGCCGCUGAAGAGGAAGCAGCGGCGCAGCCGGACCACCUUCACGGCCGAGCAGCUGGAGGAGCUGGAGAAGGCCUUCGAGCGGACACACUACCCCGACAUCUACACCAGGGAGGAGCUGGCCCAGAGGACCAAACUCACGGAGGCGCGCGUGCAGGUGUGGUUUAGCAAUCGACGAGCCAGGUGGCGUAAGCAAGCGGGAGCCAAUCAGCUGGCUGCGUUUAAUCACCUGUUACCAGGAGGGUUCCCUGGUACCGGAAUGCCCACUCUCCCGACGUAUCAGCUCCCCGAGGCUUCGUAUGCCACAACCACGCUAUCACAAGACGGCACUGGCACAGUGCAUCGGCCACAGCCUCUGCCCCCGUCCACCAUGCACCAGAGCGGACUCCCGGGCGACAGCGGCUCCGCCUACGGCCUGUCGUCGGCCAACCGCCACGGCUUCUCCAGCUACUCGGACACCUUCAUGAGUCCGACGGCCUCCAGCAACCACAUGAACUCUGUGAGCAACGGCCUCUCUCCGCAGGUCAUGAGCAUUCUGAGCCAGUCCCAGCAACAGCCCCAGCCCCAGCAUGACUUCUCCAUCUCCCCGCUGCACGGCGGCCUGGACUCCUCCAACUCCAUCUCGGCCAGCUGUAGCCAGCGCUCCGACCCCAUCAAGACGGUGGACAGCCUGCCGUCCUCCCAGUCCUACUGCCCCCCCACCUACAGCACCAGCGGCUACAGCGUGGACCCCGUCACCGCCGGCUACCAGUACAGCCAGUAUGGCCAGACUGCGGUGGACUACCUGGCCAAGAAUGUGAGCUUGUCCACUCAGAGGAGAAUGAAGCUUGGGGAGCACUCGGCUGUACUUGGACUUCUGCAGGUGGAGACGGGCCAGGCUUACUGAUGCCCUCUGCCUCACGCUGACUCUCUCCAGGACCAGGAACUCUGACCUCUUAUUCCAACGAUCCCACACACACACACACACACACACACACACACACACACACACACAUGUGCGCACGCACACACAC